AUGAGUUUGAGCAUCGAGGAACUCGAAGCUCGGCAUGUUAGAGCAUAUAAAAGGCUUCUUGUAUCUCUAGAUGAUCUUUACUUAGCUACACAUAAGAUCAAGCCCCAGGAUGAAUCUGUUCUGGCGAUUAGGCGACAGUUACAAUCCUCGAUGACAAUGAGCUCUCCUAUAAUCCAGGCGAUGAGUGGCGACAGUGAAUUGGAUAUGCGUUUGCAACAGCUUUUGCAGGAGAACUACGAGACGGAUGGUAGAGUUGCGCGCCACCAGGAUGAAUUUCUGAAACUACUUGUUCGUUGGCGACAGGAACGAUGCAAAUAUGAGAAUUUGGUGGAUAAAAUUAGACCUGUGGCCGCUGAAGUUAGGGAGCUACAGGCAGGGGAUAAGAAUCAGGGCAAGGAAAACUCAACCUCGGAACUUGGCGCCGAAAAUGAAAUAUUGAAAGAGCUUAUCGUGGGACUGAUAAUACAUGCCGGUUAUCAGGGAACCAGCCCGACUAUUGACAAUUGGAUGAAGUAUAUUGCAGAUAUCUCAUAG